UCAUACAAACCCUACACCGCCCACCCUCUUUAUUUUCACUCUCUUUCGCCGCUGCAAAUCUCAUCAGAAAAAUCACACCCAAACAAAAUGGCGGCAUCCAAACCGUUGACAGCCAAAGAGGCCGAUAUUCAAAUGAUGUUGUCUGCCGAAGUCCAUCUUGGUACCAAAAACUGUGAUUUCCAGAUGGACCGUUAUGUCUUCAAACGCCGUAACGAUGGAAUUUAUAUAAUCAAUCUUGGAAAGACCUGGGAGAAGUUGCAAAUGGCUGCUAGGGUGAUUGUUGCUAUUGAGAACCCACAAGACAUCAUUGUUCAGUCUGCCAGGCCUUAUGGUCAGAGGGCUGUCUUGAAGUUUGCUCAGUAUACUGGCUGUAAUGCCAUCGCUGGACGUCACACUCCUGGUACUUUCACUAAUCAGCUCCAGACAUCCUUCAGUGAGCCUAGACUUCUUAUUUUGACUGACCCACGAACUGAUCACCAGCCCAUCAAGGAGGCUGCACUUGGAAACAUUCCAACCAUUGCUUUUUGCGACACUGAUUCCCCAAUGAGAUAUGUUGAUAUCGGUAUCCCUGCCAACAACAAGGGGAAGCACAGCAUUGGUUGUUUGUUUUGGCUUCUCGCAAGGAUGGUUUUGCAGAUGCGAGGUGUUAUCAACCAAGGGCACAAGUGGGAUGUUAUGGUUGAUCUGUUCUUCUACAGGGAACCAGAAGAGACCAAGGAACCAGAAGAUGAAGCUGUUGCUGACUACAAGGAUUACAAUGCUGGUGCCAUUGGAAUGGAUGAUCAAUGGUCGUCCCAGAUCACUGAUGCUCAAUGGGCUGGUGAGGUUGCUCCACCAAUUGUUGGUGCCCCUGUGGUGGGUAGUUGGACUGGUGCUGAUGCUCCAGUGGACGAUGUUGCUGCCGAUGGAUGGGAACCUGUGGCAGCACCCGUACCAACAGCCGAAGGUGUCGGUGCAACUGGUUGGGACCAAGUUUAAUCUGUCAAGACACCAAUGUUUAUUUUCCGUGUUUUAUCUAAGAUCGAGUAGAAUCUUCUUAAUAUCGAGGAUAAUUUUGUAUUGUCUACAAGUAGAUGUUUUUGGUAGCAGGAAUUAUUCCUGUAGUUUCCUUUUUUUUUUUAAAUAUUGAGGUGGAUAUUGUUUAAGCUUUUUUAAUUUGCUGAACAGGCAAACCUUGCCCUUUUUACUAUUUAUUCUUGUUCUAAAUCGUUUGAAUGAUCAUUCAGUAGUGAUAUGAUACGAAUAGCUGUUUAUUAAA